AUGAAUAUGGCUUGUAAAAACCUACUUCCGCAGAGUAAAUUCUUACCCUUGCGCAUGGUGGUACGCAGGCGCGUUGGGGAUAUCAGCAGGAAUGGAUUUGUCCAAUCAACCAGUGGCGCAACGACAUACGACCCAUUAGAGAGCAAAAGAGGAAAUACAUUUUUCUGCCAGGAAAAAAGAAGCUACUCCAUCUACACACAAAACGAAUUAAUCAGACGCUCGGAUGGAAGAUCGACUAAAAACGAGAGUAGUUACGAAAGGGAGCAUAAAUGUGAUGAACUUACGAUCCAUAAUGAUACCUACUCGGAGACACACAAAGUCGAACUUCAUGGAAAAAUACUUAGCGACCUUAUUUCGUUAAGGAGGAUGCAAAAUAGGGAUUGUGAAAAAUUAAAGCUAAUAAGUCAAUAUAUUUUCAGAAACAUUAAUUUAUACAGUUUAUACGAAAUAGCGGAUAUUUUAAAAUGCACAAAUUAUUUUAGUAUAAUUUUAAAAAAGGAAGACCUUCACAAAUUGGUGAAAAGACUAAAAAUAUUAACAUUUAAUAAGAAGGAGGAGGAAAAGGUGAUGUACGAAAUUAUCCCUAAUCUGUUAAGGAUAAAAGUCGCAAGGGAGUACCAAGAUAAAGCAUUAAUUUGUACCUUAACAACUUUUAUAAAUGACUUGCUGCGUUUUUGGUUGAUAUUGCCUCGUUCGGAUAUGUCUAUUCCUACCCCCAGUUACAUAAGCUAUGUGUACUUUGUAAAGGAGGUACAGCUAAUUAUUCUUAAUCAGUUUUGCUCGUGGUUGGAUAAAAAAUAUGUCGAUAAUUCUGUAUUCACUUUUCUACAAUCAUUUCAAAGCUCAGUCGGAAGAAAAAAUAGACACCUAGAUUACCUCUUCGUGAAGGAAGUGAGUGAAAUAUUAUUAAAAUUAAAUUGUAAAAUAAGAGCCCUAAAUACGUAUAACUAUAGUGUGCCCAUUUUUGUGAAAGAUUUUUAUUUAAUUGUAGAAUGUAUAGGCAAUAAUGACACUUUUCAGGGUACUCUUACUCUUACUCCCUAUUUUUCAGAACGUUAUGAAUUAUUUAAAAAGCUCGGUUUCAAGGUUUUGCAUCUCUAUAAGCAGCUCCUGCCGAGCGAUGCGGAGGAUAAGUUAAAUUAUGUGAAACAGUCAUUAUAUUCCAUCAUCAAGUAG